CGGGCCACGCCCAGCCUCUUGCCUCUCCCGGGUGCUAGGCUCGCUGUGUAUUUUCCCGCCAUUUCCAGCUCUUCAUGAGGAGAACUGGAUGGUUUCGAUGAGAUCGGAGGCCUUCUGGGAUCACGGCCGCCAAGUGGCAUGGAUUGGUUUCACUGCAACCAGUGUUUCCGAAAAGAUGGGGCCCAUUUCUUUGUCACCAGCUGUGGCCAUAUUUUCUGUAAAAAGUGUGUGACUCUGGAAAAAUGUGCUGUUUGUGGAACUGCCUGCAAGCAUCUGGCUCUUUCUGAUAAUCUAAAACCUCAGGAGAAGAUGUACUUCAGAAGCCCUGUGGAGACAGCUUUGCAGUAUUUUAGUCACAUCUCUCAGGUGUGGAGUUUCCAGAAGAAACAAACAGAUCUCCUCAUCGCCUUUUAUAAGCAUAGAAUUACAAAGUUAGAAGCAGCCGUGCAGGAGGCGCAACAAACAGUGACUAGCCAAGACAAAGAGCUAUCAGUCUUAAGGAAGGAGAAUGGAGAACUGAAGAAAUAUCUAGCCAUCUUAAAGGAAUCUCCAAGUUGGUACCAAGGAAGCAGGUCAACCACACCUCGACCAGUGGGCAUUACUUCCCCAUCACAGUCAGUUACUCCACGACCCAGUUCUCAGCAUAGCAGCCAAGUGGUCAGUCGGUCCUCCUCAGUGGAGUCUAUCCCUUACAGAGUGCCUGGCUUUAGUAGCUUGGGACAAGGAGCCAGAGGCUUGCAGGGAAGAAGCACUCCCAGAGACUAUUAUACCGAAACCCCUUCACCAGCUUCCACUCACAGCCUAUCUUACAGACCUUCAUCUGCCUCCUCUGGACAAGGGCUCUUUCCUUUCAGACCAUCCCUAAAUGGUGGGGAUUCAGGCCACACAAGAGUCCUCACCCCCAACAAUUCAGGUCAGAGGGAGAUGAGAACCACACCAGAGAGCCUUUCUGGUUUCCAGCUACCAGUCCUGCAGACUCUCUACCAACAGAGACAGAUGGGAUUAGCCAGGGGGAGAGAAGCAUGGACCACUUCCAGAUAGACCAUCUUCAAAGUCUGAUGUAUACAUACAGCUGAAGGACGGACUAUAGCAUCCAAUAUCCGUUAGGCAUGAUGGCCUUGGAAAAUGUACCCCUGCCUUGUUUCCUGGUUUCACUCUGUACCUUAUCUUCCUCGAUCUUUACCAUAUACACCCUGUAUUACCUCCUAGGAAGGUGGUCAGGUCUUAUAUAAGGCUUGUGCUUCACGAAGAUGUUUAUAUCUCUCUCACAAAACAUAUGUAGCUCCCUCACUUCUUAGAACUUGAAACAAAGGUUGGAAAAACAAUUCUUGGCAUCAUUGGGUGUGGGUGGUAAUAUACUCAUUAACUGUGUUUUAUUUCUGGAUUUCAUUUUUUAGUUUUGGAUAUAUAUCCUCCCAUUGCCAAUGUUAACAAGCAACAACUCUGUUCCUUGUCCUAAUUUAUUAUACCUUUUCUAUUUGCCUGUUGUUUCCUCUAUGCCUAGUUACUGUUAAAUGUGUUCAUUUUCCUUUCUGUCUGGUAACAGUU